AUGGGCACAGAAGUGCCAAAAACACAUGAUUCAAGUGGUGAUUCAGAUUCUAACAGUGAUUCUGAGAAUAGUUCUAGUGACACAUCAGGAAGUGACUGGGAAUGUUCUGGUUCAAAGCAAGUGAACACUAGGAAACCACAUUUCUCAGUUACAUCUUGUGAUACUGGGCUUAAACUUAAAAUUGCUGCAAUACCAAGAAAAGUAACACCUAAAAAAUCAGCAAAGCCUACAGUAAGAAAGAAAAGUAAUGAAACUAUAUCAAAGCAAAGACAGAAUGAGAAAUCUAAAAAGAAGCUGUCAGAGAGUAGUUCCAGCUCAGAAUCAUGUAGCAAAUGCUCGUCUGCAACAUCAAGUGAAGAUGAUUUGCCAUUGAAAGCUGUUAAAAAAUCCUUACCAUCAAAAAACUCAGUAAAAGUUAAAACAAGUGUAAAGAGUGACUGUGAGGGUAGUGAAAAGGACAUAAAAGUCAAGGACAAGUUAUGUAAAAGUACAUCUACUGUGAAGAAGACUAAGUGUGAUGAGUCUAGCCAAGAAGGGAAGAGGCAGGGACGUCAGCGGGCCAAGGUUAGUACUUUGUUAUUUUUUACAAUUCUUGUUGAGACAUCAUUACGGUGUGGAUUAUCAAGUUUAUUGAAAUGA